CCUUCUUCUUCGCCAUCUUCAUCGUCUUUUGUCUGCUCAGCAUUAGUCCGGGAGCCUUUGUUCCCCUUUUAUACCCUUUUAAUCGAUGUUCAAUCGAUCCUUCAACCUGAGGGUAACUUCGUCCCAUUGAACUUUGGUGCCCUUGACCAUGAUGAAGGAGGAAGUAGCUCAAGAGCUUGGCUCUUUGAAUGGCAAUGGAACCAAAGCUGGUGCCAGAACCCAAGCGAGCCAGGUUUCACAGGAUCGGGAUCGCGAUGAGCUUCUUCGGCUGGGGAAGAAGCAAGUUUUAAGGCGAAACUUUGCGUUUAUGUCCAUCCUUGGUUUCAGCUGUACCGUCCUUAUUACUUGGGAAGGUGCUCUGAUCUUAUUCGUUACCGGUCUUGAAAACGGUGGAUAUGCUGGCCUGAUAUACGGCUACCUUGUUGUCUGGCUCGGUAACUUUGCGGUAUUCGCUUCUCUUUCGGAAUUGGUUUCUAUGGCUCCGACGUCUGGCGGUCAAUAUCACUGGGUUGCCAUGCUUGCGCCGCCUAGAUGGAGCAAAUUUUUAAGCUACAUGACAGGGUGGGUUACUGUUCUUGGAUGGCAAGCUUCCAUUGCCUCCACUUGCUCUCUGACCAGUGGCCUUAUUCAAGGCCUAAUUGCGUUGACACAGCCCGACUAUACCCCUCAAAACUGGCAUGGGACGCUUCUGCUUUGGGCAGUCGUGUUAUUCUGUGUCUUUAUCAACACGGUUAUCAGUCGACUACUGCCAAAAAUUGAAGGCUUGAUCCUUAUUCUGCACAUCCUGGGGUUCUUUGCUGUUCUGAUCCCCUUGGUCAAGCUAUCCGAGAAGGCGGACCCGGAAGUGAUUUUUACAGUCUUUAAAAAUGACGGUGGCUGGUCAAGUAAUGGCUUGUCAUUUCUGGUUGGCCUGACUGGAAAUGCGUUUGCCUUCCUUGGACUUGAUGGCGCUUAUCAUAUGUCCGAGGAAAUCCAGCGACCCUCUGUCAUCGUACCGCGAUCAAUCAUGCUUACUUUGGUGAUCAACGGAUCGCUCGGUUUUGGAAUGAUCAUUGCUGUGUUGUUUUGCACUCAAGAUAUUGAUGCCGCUCUUGAUUCACCCACAGGCUUCCCUUUCAUGGAAAUCUUCAGACAAGCUACUUCUCCCUCAGUCGGAGGAGCCGCUGCCAUGGCGAGCAUUAUUACUGCUCUUGCCAUGUGUGCAAAUGUUGGUUUCCUCGCCUCUGCAUCAAGAAUGGUCUGGUCGUUUGCACGCGAUCGUGGUCUUCCUGGCUGGCGGAUUCUGUCAAGGGUCGAAAAACGCACAAUGGUUCCUCUGUGGUCAAUUGCGACCAUUACUAUCAUUGCUAUCCUGCUUUCUCUCAUCACCAUCGGCUCUCUCACGGCUUUCGAUAUUGUGGUCUCUUUGACUGUUGCCGCUCUAUAUAUCAGUUACAUGCUAGCAAUUGCUUUGCUUCUCUACCGUCGCGUCACCGGAGGCAUCUCCUAUUCCUCGGAUUCGCCAACUACGUUGGCCAAUACUGCAGGGUCUCGCCUUGUUUGGGGACCCUGGCGGUUCGGCAAAUUCGGACCCAUUAUCAAUGUGUUUGCUCUCUGCUAUCUCCUUGUGAUUCUUGUGUUUAGUUUCUUCCCAGCCCGCACGCCUGUGACAGAUCCCAACGAUAUGAACUACAGCAGUGUUUUGAUUGUGGCAGUGAUGGCCUUCAGCUUGGUGUACUAUUUCCUGUAUGCGAGAAAAACAUACCAAGGUCCACUCGUGGAAGAGGAAGCAGUAUCACUUUCAGGGUAUUGAUUAAUGGUUACUGAUUUCAGCAUGGGGUUUAAGCCAAAGAAAAUGGCAGCAAAAUCGACUAAUUAUUUCCUUUAACCCCCUUUCAGCCAAUGUUUUAUAAUAUUGUCUUCAUCUUCGAAGUAUAUAGUGGGACUGGCUUGGUAUAUAUGGUUACAAGACAACAGAAAUUCCCUUUGGUGUUCUGGGAGGGAUCUAUCGAAGAAAAUUGUGUAUUUAUUGAUUUUCAAGAGGAAGAGAAGUGACGAAUCAAUAUAUACCCUCGCCUAUUUAGCCUUCGAGUUCCAGCCCAGCUGUAACCCCAUCGACGAACUUCGCCGCUUCCUCCAUCCCUUUCUUCAUAACGUCAGCUUCAUUGAUCUCGCUCUUUUCACUCUGCGCGCGUUUUGCUAGAGCCUGUGCAACUGCCUGUGCAACCUUCUCAUCGUCCAGGACACUCUUUCCAUCAUCCCCUACCAUCCCCCCAGAUCUCCCAAUUAUCUCCGUCCACACUGCACGCUCUCGCUCUCUCAACACCGCAUCGCGCAUAAUGGCGUUCUUCGCCAACCCCAAAGCAUGCAAUUUGCCCAUCGCGCUCGCAAUACUACUACCCACCGUCUCCGCAAAUUCAUCAAUCUGUUCCUCCACUGACGCGCACGAAGUCUUAGUCCCAAAGAAGAAUCGAUCAGUCGCGGAGAGAUAUAUGAUUCCCGCACAUAGCGCGUCAAAGGUUGUAAGGCCUAGCGUUCUCGCCAUGUAGAGACGGGUGUACAAACUACCGGGAAUCAACGAUGUGUUCAGCACACCCAUUUCGUACGGGUUGUAGGCGGCUACGAAGCUUAAUUCGGCCAGGAGGAAGAAGAAUCCGGUCCAGAAGAAUUUGGUCCUCCAUCGUGCGGCGAUGGGGCCGGCGAUGGGCGCGGAAGUGACAAUUCCGAGGAUGAGAAGGUGAAAGAGGUGUGGGAGGAGGACGUUGGAGGAGAUGUAGUAAAUUAAGUAUGACUUUGGAUUUUCGGGGCCGCAGAAGGGGCAGGAGAGGAGCGUUUCCGGGCCGAAGCGGAGGUAGGUCCUGCGGGCGGCGGGAGAGGUGAACUGCGCUCGGAGUAAGGUGUCGAGGUGUGUGAGGGGCCGGAUGCGCGAGACUCGGGUGAAGAGGAGCUCUGUGGGAGUGGAAAACCGCGAGGAUGUUAGGGAGAAAAUGC